AUAUAUAUAGAUACACCACCCUUCGUCUAUUCCAAAGCCCCACAGCCAUCGGAGUCAUCUCGUCACAGCUGUUCACCCCUGGUUUUCCGCAUUCUCUUUCUCUCCUCUUUUUCCUGAAGGCUCUGUUUCUUUGAAAUCAAAUCAAACAGUUUUGAGGUACUAGUGAAUAUGGGGUUGAGGGAGGAGGAAAUUGUUGCGUGUAGAAAUGAUGAUAAGAGGGAGGAGGACGAAGAGCUGGGUCUGGCCCUGGCUCAGGCCCAACAGCAGCAGCAGCAACAAUUGCAAUGGUUUGCGGUAGGUGUAGCUGGGUCUCCUCUGCUGCCGAGGAAACUUGUUGUGGUUGGCUACGCUCUUACGUCUAAGAAGACCAAGAGCUUCUUGCAGCCUAAGCUUGAAGGUUUGGCUAGGAACAAGGGGAUAUUAUUUGUCGCUAUUGAUCAAAGCAAGCCGCUCUCGGAUCAAGGCCCUUUUGACAUCGUGUUGCACAAGUUAUCAGGAAAGGAAUGGCGCAGGAUCAUUGAGAGUGCUUGCUCUUUCCUCCAUCUUGAACCAUUACUCAAUAUUAGGUCCAGGCCUCAAGGUUCCAGAUGAGGAUGUUUCUUCUCCCAUGGUCAUCAUGCUGAUUUGUUCAGGACUACAGGCAAACACAUCCAGAAGUAACAGUUCUUGAUCCUCCAGAUGCCAUACAACAUUUACGGAAUCGCCAAUUCAUGCUCCAGGCUGUUGCUGAUCUGAACUUGUCCGACUCCUAUGGCAAAGUUGGUGUUCCCAGGCAAUUGGUAAUCAAGAGAGAUGCAUCAUCCAUCCCUGAUGCAGUUACCAAAGCUGGGCUGACGUUACCACUUGUUGCGAAGCCAUUGGUGGCUGAUGGAAGCGCAAAGUCACAUGAAUUAUCACUCGCUUAUGAUCAGAACUCCCUUCAAAAACUUGAACCUCCACUUGUUCUGCAGGAGUUUGUUAACCAUGGAGGUGUUCUAUUCAAGGUAUAUAUCGUUGGUGAAGCUAUAAAGGUGCUCAGACGUUUCUCUCUACCUGAUGUCAGUAAAAGGGAGCUCUCAAAAAAUGCUGGUGUCUAUCGUGUUCCAAGGGUUUCUUGUGCUGCUGCUUCAGCAGAUGAUGCAGAUCUGGACCCUGGUAUUGCUGAGCUCCCUCCAUUACCUUUACUUGAGAGACUUGCAAAGGAACUUCGCCGUCGGCUGGGUUUACGGCUCUUCAACUUGGAUAUUAUCCGAGAGCAUGGUAGCUGUAAUCAUUUUUAUGUCAUUGACAUUAAUUAUUUCCCUGGGUAUGGAAAGAUGCCAGAAUAUGAGCACAUAUUCACAGAUUUCCUUUUAAGCCUGGUGCCAGGCAGGUACAAAAAAAGAUCCUGCUAGAAACUGUUAAUGGCCUUUGUGAAUGAACCGCGCGGCAAUCGGAAUGAAAAAUCACCUCACCUCAAUAAGUAUCUACAGAAGAGACCGGUGCUCUGAAGUGGAAAUACCAUAUCACCUCAAGUAGCUGGAGGAAAAGGUUUUCUGCUUAGGGUGCUGCCAUGUACAGUGUCAUGUGCUGGCCGGAGGAGAGGGGCCAUACGAAGUGUAAAUGGUCCGGACCUUCGACUUCUGUAAUUACCUACUGGCAAGAAGGAUAUGUUGGAUAUGUUGACAAUUAGCAUCCCAGCUUGUACAAAGUUCAACUAUCCACCUUGUCCACAGUUCCCAUGGGUCUAACUAAGCUUCUGUUCUUGAGUUUUUUGUGUCUACCCAAUAUUUCAUGUUCUAAUUUGGUGAUAUAAGCGGUUGGGGAAUGCGCACAAUUGGAGAUGUCCAAUGACAUAUAAUUUUGGAGUGCGGGCAACCAUCCUACUUGUAUCAAAGCAGUUUUAGAUUCAAUCAACCCUAUGAUUUUUGUCCAAUCUAAUAAUAAGACAAAAACAGGCCAAGUCGAUGUAUGAGAAUUGUAGCUGGAUAGUCUUUUGGAGUGUUUUCUUUCAAAUUCUGGGUGCCUAAAAAUUGUGACGUUUUUCAUUU